UUCGCCAUAUGGCAGCCAGUUUUGUGAUCAACGGCUCGGCAAUCGUCGCCGCUCGUUCGGCUCUCGGCAGUUUCACGAAGUGCUCUCUGGGAAUUGGAGUGCCGGAGAGUUACGAGGGGCUUCCUCUCUGGGGAGCACUGAUCGCGAGCGGUGGAGAGAGCCCAGAGAGGGUGGGGCUACACCAGGCGGAGUUGAUCGAAUUAGUCGUGUCUGGAUAUCUCUGGAUGAGCGAUGUUGAAAAUAGUCAUGUCCGCCGUUUCAGGAGAGGAUUCACCAACUCGCUUUUAUCUAGUUAACUUUGAGAAUUACCUGAGACCUAAAAAAGCGAUUAAAUGCCAGCCUCUUCAGCGUUUUAAGAAGCCAACUGGAAGAACCACCAAUCUAUACAGGAACCUAAAACGAUUAAAUAUUCUCCGAUGGUAUCAUAGUGUGUCGAAACGAUUUGAAGAGCUUCCACUGCCUAAAUUUCUUGGUUUUCUGCGAGCCCGUAAUGAUGAUGGUCUAUGUAAGCGGAAGACAGGAUUUGAGAUCUACUGCGAGAUGGCCAGCAUACAUGGCUUUCACAUUUUUGUGGGAGCAAAAACAUGGCAAAGGAUACUCUGGUGGCUUCUCAUUUGUAAUGCUGUCCUCCUUUCAUUUAUCCUAGUGAUCAUGUCCCUUUCCAUGUCGAAGGAAACACCUACCAUUCGCUUCAUAGACACCAUGAUGAAACCCACGGCGGAAGUGCCUUUUCCCGCUGUCACCAUUUGCGGAUUAAACACAAAGGAAUGGAUGAACUCUUCAUUAAUAAGAAAAGUAACCAAAGGAAAUGCAAGUUGGUUAGAACUUCUGGAGGAUUUGUCCUUACCAAUCUGCCCACAAAUAAAAAUCUGUCAGUGGGACAAUCGAAUGGUAAACUGUCUAGAUAAACUACAGCCCAUUUGGACUCUGGACCAAAGGCUGUGCUGCACUUUUAAUUACAAUCAGCAGCUCUUCAGCUUACAUUUGGGUGUUAGUUUUGUUUUAAGAUCCAAUGAUGAGCUCCUUCAAAGUUCAAAAUUAGUUGGUUUUGAAGUGCUUAUACACGAAUCCCAUGAAAUACCCAAUGGAGCAACACCAAGGAUAUUUGUGCCAGGCGAAUCAGAUAUACACAUAAUGCUUAGACCAUAUAUUAAUCGAUUCACGAAAAAUCUGAAGGGUUUAUCUCUGCAGAAAAGAACAUGCUAUUUUCCAACAGAACGUCGUCUAAUAUUAUCUGAUGUAUAUAACCAAAUAAACUGCCUGGCUGAAUGUCGCAGCAAAAGUAUCUUAAAAUCAUGUGGCUGUGCACCGCCAAAAUCACCUAUGGAAAAAAGUUGGCCAAUUUGCGAUCUAAAGCAAAUGCAGUGUGUAAUAGAUUUUGAUCAUGAUGAGAUCAUUAGUGGAGAACAAAGGAAUUGCGAUUGCCUUCCGCCAUGUGAAUUCAAUCGCUAUGAAUUUCAAAGUGAUAUACGAUUUAUAAAGGGAAUGAUUAAUAAUAGUAUUGUUAACACAAGCAAUGAAGAGUCCACAAAUGAGGUCCGUGUCCGUGUCUACUACGACUCAGCGAUUGCGGAGGAGCUGCUCCUGGACGUGUACGAAAACUGGUUGACAUUCAUAGGAACCUUUGGCGGCAUAACCGGACUAUUUAUGGGCUGCAGUUUCGUUUCGGUCUUCGAACUGAUUUUCUUUUCUUGUGUGCGACCCACAUGCAACUGGCUGACCAGACAACAGAUACUUUGGCGACGUCGAAGGAAUCAGAGGGUGGGAAUCACGGAGGCGAGGUCAUUAGGGCCGGCUAAUUAG